UAUCCCACCCGGAGCGACGUGGGGGCAUGCAAGGAGGUCUACUCACUCUUUCAUUAUUGCAAACAGGUUUUAGAGUCUGCCGCUCGGCGAAAGGAAGUGUACAUACCGGUAUUGUGUGUGUACGAGGGGGUGGGUCCAGUGUUUUCACCUGCGGUCUACCCAAGACAGUCGGACUAUACCCUGGUUGUGUGAAUGCACGUAUAGUGAUUCAUUUAUCAAGUUGGAACAGAUCUGUGUUAAAUUGAGUACAGGUAGGAGUGUUGAAAGCGGGUGUGUUGCUUCUAUGUGUAAAUAUCGCAUUACUUCAGUGAUACAGGUGGAUAAACACGUGAAGGGUGAAGACUAUGGAAUCUUACUGAAGGAUUGAUACAGGACGAGACUGUAUUGCAUACGUACCACAGGGUAACGCGUUAAAAGUACAUUUUCGACUAAACCAGUCUGACUUGUCAGCAGUGCCCACGUGUAUGUCAACACGCCAUACAGGCAUAUACUAAUACAAGAACUGAACAGGUCCGUGACUAAAUUGUUGUGAUACACGCUUCACUCAGUGCAGAUAGAGGGAGAACUGAUAUCUGAAGUUUGUGACAUUUCUGUGUGUAGAUUACAUGGUCGUACGAGGGUAGCGCGACCAGGGGUACAGGUCUGACUGUCUAUCACCCACACCCUCCUCAAACACAGCCGAGUGUCUCCUUGUCCAGUGUUUGACACCAGCACCACCACCGUCUCCGUCCACCAUGUCUGGGGGGUGCUUCCUGUCCCUCCUCCUCCUGGCCUGUCUCGGGCAGUGCACAGGGGAGAAAGUGAUGCUGAUUGUACUCGGAGGGUUCCGCUGGGACUACUUCAACAUCCACACGUACGACGUCGACGGUUUUUCCAAGGUGUUUGAGAAGGGGGUGAAAGCUGAUCACCUCAUCCCCUCCUUCCCGACCCUCACCUACCCCAACAUCUACUCCCUGGUCACAGGCCUCUACCCCGAGAAUCAUGGUGUGGUCGGCGACGAGAUGUGGGACCCGGAAAUGAAGAGAAAAUUUUCCAAGGGAGAUAACCCCGAGUAUCUUAAACCCUACUGGUGGGACAUGGGCGAGCCAGUCUGGGUUACCGCGGCAAAGCAGGGGAAGACGUCCUACAUGUUCAACUGGCCAGGCUGUGAUGCAACCAUCCGGUCUCUUCAGCCCACGUUCUGUGUCCCACAUUCUGACGUCAAACCUGACCUUACACCUGACCUUGAGAAAUUUAUGAAUUCCAAGCGAGAAGGUUUGGAGCUGCUCAAGAAUGGUUCAGCGGAUUUUGUUGGUCUUUAUUACGAGGUGACUGAUUACGUCACCCACCUGUACUCCCCAGGUAGCCAGGAAUCUAAAGGACUGAGUAGAUGGCUCGACAAUGAAUUCGACAAGCUUAUUCACGACAUCGACAACGACGAGUUGGAGUACGACGUCAACGUCCUGGUUGCUUCUGACCACGGCGUCGCAGACAUCUCCAAGAAGAAGGUGGUCAACAUAACGGCCGUUCUUGUCCCUGAAGACGUGGACCACAUUGUAGGUCAUGGGGCCAUUGUCAGUGUCUGGCCGAAGACGGACAAAGUCCAGCAGGUGUACGAUAAGCUGAAGGAUUAUAACGACAACGUUGCGGUAUACUUGAAGGACGACAUCCCCGACUCAUGGCACUACAGAGACAACAUCCGGGUCGCUCCAGUCACCCUUGUAGCAAGUCUCGGAUGGAUGAUCGCUACACCGGAGCAGGGACUGCCUAAGAGUGACCGAGGCCGGCGGUUCCGGAGCUACGAGGGCUAUGACAACAAGGAGGUCAGGAUGAGGGCUACUUUUUUCGGAUUCGGGCCCAAUCUGAAGCGAGGCUACACCUUGCCGGCGAUAGAAAACGUAAACCUUUAUCAACUGAUGUGUCGUAUUUUACGGAUAACUGCCGCGCCUAACAACGGAACCUGGAGCAACAUUGAGGAAGCGUUCAUCAAGGUCCCCUACCGACCUCUCAUCACGUGGAAGAGAACAUUCACAUACGGACCAGUCCUGGCUGCCGUGUUGGUGGCCGCCAUUAUCUACUACGUCAAGUUCAGGAAACACAGCGACAAACAUAAGGAAGUUUGAGGAAGCAUAGGGAAUAGUAGUCGAUAAGAUAAGAAACAGGCUCUACUAGUCGAUAAGUCGAUGUACAGAGGACCGUAUUAUCAUGAACCCUUUCAGCGGAUCCUGCUUUCUGAUGUAGCAAACCUGUUAAAACUGAUUUACCACACAGAGUGACCAGACUAACGUUAUGUUUAUCAUCACAAGCAAGUUGUAUAAUAGUCUGCAAAGAUUUAUAAAACGCCUCUAUGAGUAGUGACCGAUGUCUGAUAUCCGUGUCUGAUCUCGCUGGGAUAUUGCUGGAAUGUUGCUUACAACAACGUAACACAAUUCACUCACUCACUUUACUCGGGCGGGUCUUGUUAGUAAUGUCAUACGAAUGUGUUCCAAAGCAGUACAGGUGUUGAACCAUCUUCAACACACAGGGGUGAUUUAUGAGUUGCAUGUGGCUUGCCUGACACUGAAAUAGCCACUUGUAGUUUUCAAUGUAUAUACCCUCUCCAUCUGCUGUGUUCAUCGUGGAUGCUUCAAGUCGUUUCAAACUCUCAUAUCAGACACGAUCUGAUCUUGUAUAUACAUGGUUCUAGUGUGUUACUAGAUCACACGUCAAGUGUUUGUAUGUUUAAGUUUUGAAUGUUUGAAUAAAUGGAAAUACCACAUGAA